AUGCAUUUCUAUUCAAAAGCCGAACUCGCUGCUAGCAAAGCCAAGGCCGAAGCUGAUGAAGCCAAGGCGAAAGCUGCUGGUGUCGAGGAACUGCAGAAAAAACUUGAGGAUGCUACAGCUGCCUUGGAUGAGCACAAAGCUGCGCAAGCUUCUCGUGAAGAAGGAAUCCUCAAGCGCCUGAAAACUCAGAGUCGCCGCACUUUCACCCAAACAAACCAGGAUUUUGAUCUGACGAAUCCUGUCAAUGACCCUGUCCUUGACGCACUUUCCUAUCUGGAGCUUCAUGGAUCCGAGAUUCGUGAAGGUGUGUCGAAUGCUAGCGCAGUGUUGUCGGCAUUGUUCCCCUACUUCUUCCCGAAGAAAGAGGAGCCUGCGACUUUCCUCAACCUUGCCAAGAUGUUCAAUACACCGGAAGACCUUGCACUGAAGAUGCGCCAAGAAAAUAUGAAGGUUGCCGUUGAGAACACUGUCGCGUUGGUUGCUGACAGUCGACAGACUAUUGACUGGAUGAAAGUUGGCGACACCGAGCAGAUAGAGCAAUCAAGAUGGAGGUCGUUGAUUAAGGCAGCCAAGCCCAACACGAAGAAGAUCUUGGCCUAUCUCGGGAUCAAACCAGCGUCGACUCCUAGCUCAUCAAGGCCGGAGGUCUAG